GAAUAAUCUCCUUUUGGAGGUAGUGAGAUCCUGGAAUUGGUUGUUUAAGCAGUGCCUUUACAAAUGUUCCACCAGGACGUAAAAGUGCCUUGCACACAAUCAUCUUACAAAUGUAUAUUGAGCAACUGAAGGAAAGAAGGAAGGACUCAGUCAAUGUCAAGAACUGUCAAGAAAUAAAAAAUAAUUCAAGUGCACUUGGAAGAACAUGAGAGAAACUGACACACAGAUUGCAACCCACCAAUUACAAUGUAUUUCCAAGAUAAAGAUAUUUCUACUGGCAUUGAUGUGUGCAUUUGUUUCCAAAACAUUGUCUGGAUCUUUUAUAAAUUCCAUCCUCACACAAUUAGAGAGGCAAUUUAACCUCUCAACAUCUCUGGUUGGACUUAUUAAUGGAAGUUUUGAAAUUGGAAAUCUCUUGCUGAUGGUAUUUGUGAGUUACUUUGGAACAAAAAUGCAUAGGCCUAUGUUGAUUGCUAUUGGGUGCAUGACCAUGGGCUUUGGGUGCUUUUUGCAGUCAUUACCUCAUUUCCUAAUGGAUCCAUAUGAAUAUGAAACAACAGUUUCAAAGGCAUCCAACUUUUCUUCAAACAAUUUCCUGUGCAUGCGAAAAGAAACUCAGAUUUUUACACCAACAGAAGAGCCAUCAGAAUGUACAAAUGAAGUCAAAUCAUCAAUGUGGCUGUAUGUCCUAGUAGGAAAUAUAAUACGUGGAAUUGGUGAAACUCCCAUCAAACCCUUGGGUAUUUCCUAUAUAGAAGACUUUGUCAAAACUGAAAAUUCUCCUUUAUAUAUUGGGUGCUUAGAAACAGGAUCUAUCAUUGGUCCUUUGAUUGGCUUUUUGUUAGGAUCAUUCUGUGUGAAUAUGUAUGUAGACGUUGGAUCUGUAAAUACAGAUGAUCUGAUCAUAACUCCUGCUGAUACAAGAUGGGUUGGAGCAUGGUGGCUUGGCUUAUUAAUAUGUGCAGGAGCAAAUGUGCUCUCUGGAGUUCCAUUUCUCUUUCUACCCAAAUCUCUCCCCAAGGUAGGAUUAGAAACUAAUAUGGAUAUUAUAGAAGAUGAGAGAAAUGAAACCAAGACAGAAAAAGGAGACAUCACUAUGGAUUUCUUACCACUAAUGAAAAGUCUUUUUUGCAACCGAAUUUAUGUAUUAUUCUUGGUCACAAGUAUAUUGCAGUUCAAUGCUUUUGCCAUUAUGUUUUCUUUUCUGCCAAAAUAUAUGGAACAGCAAUAUGGUAUAUCUGCCUCAGAAGCAAUCUUCCUAAUGGGUAUUUAUAAUUUGCCUCCAAUAUGCUUUGGAUAUUUAGCUGGUGGCUUCAUUAUGAAGAAGUUCAAGAUAAAUGUGAAACAAGCGGCUUACAUAGCAUUUUGCAUCUCUUUAUUGGACUACUUUUUGAACAUGUUAUGUUUUUUAACAAUAUGUGAUAAUUCUCCAAUUGCUGGCCUAACUGUCUCCUAUGAAGGAACACAACGGGAUGUGUAUAUGGAAAGAAAUUUACUGGCUGACUGCAACAUUGACUGCAAUUGCCAAGAUAAAAUAUGGGAUCCUGUGUGUGGAGAUAAUAAUUUGUCUUAUAUGUCAGCUUGUCUUGCUGGUUGUGAGACAUACUAUGGAACAGGAAUAAAUAUGAGCUUCCAAAACUGUAGUUGCAUUACAUCUUCAAGAAAUACUUCAGCCUUUCUUGGACUAUGUGGCAGUAGUCCAGCCUGCUCUCUGAUGCUUCAGUACUUUCUGAUAUUGUCAGCACUUAGCAGUUUCAUUUAUUCUUUAGCUGCAAUACCUGGAUACAUGGUCUUUCUAAGGAGCAUCAAGCCCAAAGAGAAAGCUCUUGGUGUGGGUCUACACAUGUUUUGCACAAGGAUACUUGCUGGAAUUCCAGCUCCCAUUUACUUUGGAGUUUUAAUAGAUUCCACAUGUUUACACUGGGGAACUCUGAGGUGUGGAAAGUCUGGAGCCUGCAGGAUAUAUGAUUCCAUCAACUUCAGAACUAUCUAUCUUGGAUUGUCGACCACCCUACGAGGAGUGAGCUAUGUUCCAGCCUCAUUCAUUGUACUGAUUUUAAGGAAGCAGAUUCAGUCAGCUGAAAGCAAUACUACAGUGACAGAACUGGUCAUUAACAGGAAGGAAAAUGAAGACAAAGAAAUAAAUAGGCAAUUUAUACAUUUGAAAGAUGAUGAAAUACAAACAAAAUUAUAAAAUUUAACUAGAUUUCUAUUUUUCAGAGUGAGAGACCACACCACAAUUUAUUUACUAUUGAAAUUGAUCAUAAUUUUGUUCUCACUUAGUGAUAAUACAUUGUGAUGUUUUUCUUUUUUUUUUUAACCUGUUUUAUUGAUGCUGUUUGUUUUAAAAUCACAGUCCUUUGUGGAAACAUACCCUCCUGCCAGAUCAGAAAUGAAACUCUACCUGGUAACAAUAAAAUAAUCAAAAAAUUAAGUA